GUUCCAGGAUCCUAGCAGGUAGCCGUUGGGCCUUCCUCGGUGCCAUCUGCCCCUUCCUAUGAAGAGAUGGUGGCGGUCAAUAGUUAUUUCCCUAUGCCUCCUGGUCCCGCGCCAGGGUCGACCCCGGGGUUGGUGACGGGCCUGGAUGGCAAGGGCAUGAAUCCGCCAGCCUACUACACCCAGCCAGUGCCCGUCCCCAGUGCCAAUGCUAUUGCCAUGCAGACCGUCUACGUACAGCAGCCCAUCUUCCUUUUUGACCGUCUGAUCCAGAUGUGCUGUCCUUCCUGCAACAAGAUGAUAGAGACCCAGCUGUCCUAUGAUGCCGGCGCCCUCACCUGGCUCUCUUGUGGGAGCCUGUGCCUGCUGGGGUGCAUCGCGGGCUGCUGCUUCAUCCCCUUCUGUGUGGAUGCCCUGCAGGACGUGGACCUCUCCUGUCCCAACUGCAAAGCUCUCCUGGGCACCUACAAGUGUUUGUAGGACUUGGCCAGACCUGGAGGGAGCCGCGUGCUGCCCAGAGUGCUCUGUGAUCCUCACCCAACCCGCCCU